CACAUGGUUAAUUGGACAUGUGAUAAACACAGCAGCUUGGUUUUCUGCCCGAAAUGGUCAGCUGAAAUUCAACCGGACUACUACAAGCUGCAACAUCAACUCCAGUUUCAGAUGCUUUCUCACUCCACUGGAUGAGAUUCAAGAUGAUGCCCAGCAGCAGUUCAGGAAAGAAUCUGGAUCUCUCUCGGCUAACAGACGAUGAAGCCAAGCACGUCUGGCAGGUGAUCCAAAGAGAUUUCCACCUGCGAAAGAAAGAGGAGGACAGACUAGGGGAACUCAAGACCAAAAUUAUGAAAGAGGACAACAAGAGAGAGCUGCUGGAAUAUCAGCCUAAACUCAGUGAUUCACUCUGCAUCCGCUGUCUCCAGCCUUUCAAAUUCCUGGUCAACAGCAAGCGCCAAUGUUUGGACUGCAAACUGUUUGUCUGCAAGUCCUGCAGUCGUUUUAACAAGAAAGACCGUGGUUGGGUGUGUGAUCCAUGCCGCAUGGCCAGAAUGCUUAAGAUUGGCACUCUAGAAUGGUUCCAUGAGAAUGUACGCUCUCGCUUCAAGCGUUUUGGGAGUGCAAAGGUGAUGAAUUCGCUUUUCAAGAGGGUGAACAGUGACCGUGCCUGCUCUCAAACUGACCUCAGAGAGCCUCGAGACGAUGACACGCACAGCAUGCCUGAAGUUCACACUGCUUCUGUCUAUAGCCAGGAAGAUGAGCAAUCUGAGAGGAUCGACCGACGCCACCUCAGCCUGAUGAGAAAAGGCAGGCGGCUGCUUCCUGUUCAUCCUCUAGAUUUUAAUCUUGGUGUUGAGAACUGUGCUUAUUCUCGGCCUCCCUUACUUCGGCAUUCGGGUAGCCAGGAGAAAAUAACCCAGACUAAGGACUCACAAGCAGAAGAUGACUGGUCAACAACUGUUAAGCAGAUACUAGAAAAUGGAACUCAUGGCAAAGGCAAUGAGAUGAAGGAUAUAUUGCACAUCAGCCAAAAAAGUCUGGACAAAGCCUCUCAUUUUGAUGACUGCACACCACACCUAAACCAGAGAUUGGCAAAAUCAUGUUCCCUCUCCAAAAUGAGCCUCUCUUCAGCUGGCAGCACCAACUAUCACCUCCAGCGUGAACUUUCUUACAGCCUGGAUGACUCAGAUGAUGAGGAGGAUGAUGAUGAAGAAGAAUCAGAGAUGAAUGUUAUAUACAGUCCUGCCCUACAUAGGGAGCCCUCACCAGAUGAAGUUCCUCCACAGAUUAUUGAGCUCAACAAGCGUAUGUCAGCAAUUGAAUCUAUUCUGAGCCGUUUGGAGCAGAAAAUGACUUUGCCAGUAAUUGGAGGAUCAGUCGAACAGGUUGAGCAAAAAGCUGAGGAUCUGUCUCCAGCUGAUUUAGAGGAGCUUGAGCUAAGGAAAAAGCUUGAUGAACUCACUGAAAAAAUAAGCGACAAAGGCUUUUCAUCUGAUGAGGAGGAUGCAAUGAAAUCACCAAUGGCCUCUCCAAAGAAAAGUGCUGUUUACCAAGUUUCACCUAUAAGAGGAGCUUCAGCUGGACUUGGAGAUGUCCGACUUGACUGGCCUCCUGAGGCUGAAUGGAAAGCAAAGCCGAAUGCACACAAAUCAUUAAAAAAGCAGAAGAGGGUGAGUUCCUUUGAGUUUAGUAACACAACUAGCUGUGAGCUGUCACAGCUGGAGGGUAAAGUUGCAAUGGCAGCAGCCAGCGUCCAGAGCACUCAAAGUGGGGUUACAGACAUUCAGAAACGAAUCGCUGCUUUGAGUGCAGCAGGGAUGACAGUGGAGACAUCCCGCAGACGGACUCCUCAGCCAUCGAGGAUGUUGCAUGCAUUUCCAAUUAGAGGCAGCAACGGAGCAAGAUCAUUACGGAAGCUGGUCACUAUGUGAAACAAUGACAAAACCAUUUCAAAACAAUGACAGAUUCACAUAAAGCAUAUUUAAUACGUUCAUUGUCAGCUGCAAGUGCUUUUUUGUUCUGUGUUGGACAUCCAGCUUAAUAUUAUAACAUUAAUAUUUGCUUUAAUUUUUCAGUAGAUGGAUGUCAGAUUGUGUAAUGAAGCUCACCUUUUGCAUGUGCUUUUUAUGAUACAAAAUGUAAUUUGUGCACAUAAUAUAUAUUGUUACUACAUUACUGUUAUUUACAUUGUUGUUUUGAUAAAGUAUUUGCAUUUAUACUGUCAGAUUUCUAUGUAGUUUCCUUCACAAUUCUUGAAAAAAAUGUAUUUUAAAUAACGUGUGUG